AUGAAGUUGAACAUCUCUUACCCUGCCAAUGGCAGCCAGAAGCUCAUCGACAUUGAGGAUGAGCGUAAGCUCGCCGUCUUCAUGGAGAAGCGCAUGGGCGCUGAGGUCCCCGGUGACUCUGUCGGCGACGAGUUCAAGGGUUACAUCUUCCGCAUCACUGGUGGAAACGACAAGCAGGGUUUCCCCAUGAAGCAGGGUGUCAUGCACCCCAGCCGUGUCCGCCUCCUGCUCUCCGACGGCCACUCCUGCUACCGCCCCCGCCGAACCGGCGAGCGCAAGCGAAAGUCGGUCCGCGGCUGCAUCGUCGCCAUGGACCUGUCCGUCCUCGCCCUCAGCAUUGUCAAGCAGGGCGAUGCCGACAUCCCCGGCCUGACCGACGUUGUCCAGCCCAAGCGCCUCGGACCCAAGCGCGCCACCAAGAUCCGCAAGUUCUUCAACCUCACCAAGGAUGACGAUGUCCGCAAGUACGUCAUCCGACGAGAGGUCCAGCCCAAGGGCGAGGGCAAGAAGCCUUACACCAAGGCUCCCAAGAUCCAGAGACUGGUCACCCCCCAGCGCCUGCAGCACAAGCGCCACCGUCUCGCUCUCAAGCGCCGCCAGGCCGAGAAGGUCAAGGACGAGGCCAACGAGUACGCCCAGGUCCUUGCCAAGCGUGUCGCCGAGGCCAAGGCCCACAAGGCCGAUGCCCGCAAGCGACGAGCAAGCUCCAUGCGCAAAUAA